GGUGAAGGCUAUCUUAUCGUCCAGUACAAAGAAGCUUCGUCAACAAUCUAGAACAUUUAUUACAUACAUAUCAAACAACGACCGCAAUUCCAGCUCCAGAUGCAAAACACAAUUAAGGAUGGGAGCUUCCGACUCGAAAUUAGUAUUUAAGAAGGGUAUCUUCCGGCUUUCAGAGGACAAGAUCAUUCCCGCCGAUGACCCGUAUUGGGCUUCUUUUUGGGAGUUGCCAGAAUCCACAGAGGACAUUUUCAGUCUCUUCUCUCCCGCAGAUAUUCGAAGAACCCGCGAUACGGCAUUGGAAAACCUAGAGACUCUAAUCCUAGCCAUAACCAGCCGACUUUUUGUUCUCCGCCAUCACCCCUCAUUCCCUCACCCAGAGUUUGCUCCAGAAAGAGAUGCAUUAAAUUGCAUUCGGAUCCUCACACGCAUUCUGCCAUACGUAUACGAAGCCGAAAAACUACAAUCAUGGGAGGAGACAUUCUUUUGGGGUGUGAGGAGGAAGCGGACACGCAAGGCAGCUCUCGCCCGAGAUGUGAUAUUUGAUGAAUCCCAGGAAGAAUUGCAGAAGCUCGAAGCUGCGGCGCAAGAAUUCGAAGAGGUGAAGCCCUUGGCAGAAGAAUUGAUCGACACUUUGAUCGAUUUGUUGUUCUUUGCAGACUUUACCCUCCCCAAACCACAGAACAGUAAGAACAAAGUAUCUUAUGCCAUCUGGCAAAGCGGAGUAGGGUGUAAUACACCAGUCGGCACUAGUAAAGAAUUUGAGAACAACCGCACCGAGAUACUAAGAUUGCUCUUGACUUUAACCAGUCAGAGCAUGUAUAUGUCGGCAAACUUACUUCCUGUGCAAGGCGUGAAAGCCAUCACAUAUAUCGCUACUUGUCCAGACAAGCAGGUUGUUUUAUCUGUAUUGUGCUCCCUAUUGAACACUACUCUGAAAUACAAUCCAGCAAAAUGGCAAGUACCAUAUAAUGUACAAGUUUUCAAAGAUCCAAAACAGAUUUUAGUCACAUAUGCAUUGCAGUUCUUGCUUGCCAUUCUCCUAUAUCCAAUACCUGAAUCUGGUCCUGCUCAAACCAAGAAAAAUUAUUUUCGACACUUUCUUGGUCGUUUACAUAGGCCACAAGAUUUCCAAUUCAUUGUAGAUGGUAUGACAAGAAUUUUGAAUCAGCCUAUGAAUACCACGAGCUCCUACAUUCCAGGAAAUCAAUCAUACGCAAAAUGUGCUUCGGAGAUGAUCAUGUUGUUUUGGGAAAUCACCCAGUGCAAUAAACGAUUCAGGUCGUUUUUGAUUGAUACUGAUCGAUCACACGAUUUCGUCAUUUCAAUCAUAUUCUAUUCCCUCGAAUAUAGGCUAGAUGCCUCUAAACAAGGAGUUGUACGGAUGUGUAUUUUCAUUUUACAGACCUUGAGUGUGGAACCAAACUUUGGCAAGAAUCUUAACAAGAGAUUUGAGGCCCAGGAUACUUUACCGCCCAGUAUCAGACUUCAGUCGUUCAAUGGGACAUAUGCCGAUUUCCUUAUACAAUCAAUUUACAACAUAAUAACAACAAGCCAAGGAAAACUCACAGCCAUAUAUCCAGCCCUAUUGGCAGUGAUAAACAACAUCGCUGCUUAUCUGGAGAAUAUCAGUGCUCCCACAUCUUCAAAACUUCUGCAAUUAUUUGCAUCAAUGUCAUCACCAGGGUUCCUUUUAUCGAACGACAGUAAUCAUGAUCUCCUCCAGUCUCUUUUGGAGAGUAUGAAUGCUAUCAUCGAGCACCAGUAUCCUAACAACCCUAAUUUUGUGUACGCCAUUUUGAGAAACAAGAAGAAAUUUGAAGCCUUACGACAUUUUACUUUGGAAAGUGGCCAAGAAGAGAUAGAAAGAAGAAACAGACGAAAGAAAGAACGUCUAGCAGAAUCAGGAGACGUAGACAGUAGGAGAGGCUCUGCGGAUAGUAUGCGGAGCCCAUCUAUAAGUCACCCACGAGGGGCACCAGCGCUUAGCAAUGUGCCAGAGGAAGAUACGUUUGCUAUUGGAGAUGAUGACGAUGAAGAUAGCGAUGGUGAAGAACGUGCCACUCCAGCAGCAUCACCUCCAACAGACCACCCUUCAAGGGCCUCAUCGAUAUCCUCAAGUAUUGAUGAUACGGUCCCUACGCAACUACGGGGAAUGUCAGAAAAGGCCAGGGGAAAAAUGCCUGCUGGCAUGCCCACCUUUUCUAGGCACAACAGCACAACGAGCUUAAGUAGCUACGCAGCGUUUUCAUCGAGCGGUGCAUUCGAACCUACUCCGCAGUGGAUAGAGACUUGGCUUCCAGAACUCCCACUUCAUACAAUCUUAACACUUAUUGAUCAAGUUGAUUCUCUCCUCUCAAGUCCUAAUAAUCCUUCCGAUACUCCUUCAAAUAAUAUUCUUCGCACCAUUCAAAAGGCCGAAAUAAGAGGAAUUGAGACUACAGCUAUUCGUAUUCAUUCUUUUGAGUGGACACCAUUAUCGCUUGGUUGGUACGAAUCCCUACUAUGGGCAUUUGUAUUCACAUCCGAAAUGCAGGUUGCGAAGGGUACAAUAGGUGUUUGGAAUGGCACAGCAAUAAAACUAUUCAGAGUUCAAGAAGUAGCAGCACAUGGACCAACGUUUAGCUCCCCGAGGGGUGCAGUUGACGCUGUGGGUAGCAACAUUGUGAGUAGGCUUGGUAGCAUGAAUUUGAGGGGUGUGGCACAAGGCGGUACGACUCCAACCCAGUCAGGUAGCAGUGGCGGCGUUGGAGGAGGCAUUGUGAGGACUGGCACCGGAGGAUCUUCUAGAAACGAAUCGCCGUUAGGGGGUAGGAGUGCGAUUAUUUGAUUGAUCGGCAAUAAAUUAGCAUGUUAAGUAUCAUACACGGCAGAGUUUGUUGACAUACAUGCAUGCAAUUUGGCAAAUCACAUACGAGAAUCUCUUCAGCGUUGGCGUAUGGGAAGAGGAAAAGAGACUUGGCGAUUCACGUAUAAGAUACACUGAUAGCAAUAAGGAACUUUUGUGACCUAUUUAGACACACUAGAUCCGACUAAAAAGGCUGUUUCUCUUUUCUUUCUGUGGAAAAAGCGCCACAUAUAAUGUAAUACAACCUAUGGAUUAGCUUUCAAUUGUCCAAAACAUCAGAUGGGACUUAGUGCCAUGUGUUUCUAGUGCAGAUCUUGAUGAUCCUCAACACUCAAGAUAAGCCAGAAGAUCUAAAGUACUGUGUGAGGUGUGGCUGUGCAUUUUAUCGGUUAGUAAUCAUUUCUUACUGAA